AUGGAAACUUGUUCAGACAUCGUCUUUGUCGGCCCGGGAGCGAAUCAGGGUCAACGGCGUCGAGAGUUGAAUCGAGAAGCGCAACGAGCCUAUCGUGCACGCAAAGAACAACGAAUCAAGGAUCUCGAAGUCGAGCUUGCUGAACUACAAUCGCGUCACUUUGAAGGCACUGACAAGUUACAACGCGAGAAUGAAGAGCUUCGUUCGGUAGCCAAAAAGAUGGAGUUGGAGCUGUACAUGAUGAAGGGUGCGAUGAUGGCUAUGGACAAGCUUUCGAGUAUACGGACCAACAGUGACAAUAGCGGCAGCAGUAGUGGAUCUUCGCACAAUGGGAGUGUUCUUUCAGGAGAUUUUAUGGAAGGAGCGAGUGGAGGAUCAUCAUCGCUAGGGGAUCACAGCUUAUACGACGACAGCGACUGCACUGAUUCAACAUUAGUGGGAAGUGGACAAGACUUUGUUGCCAGCAACUUUGAUGAUAUAUCAUUACGCAUUGAAAAGAACAAUCAACACAACGCCUACGACGACGGUGAUCGAAUCAUGAACUACACCGAGACGUGGGAAUAUCUUUUGGAACGAUCCUUCUUUCAAGAAUGCGAUUUGGAGGAGCUUUGCAAAGCUGUCAAACAACAUGUACUACCGAACGGCGGUGUUCGACUGCAGGAUCUUAUGCGGAUCGCCCAUGAGUGGGAGAUCAACAAGCGAAUGCCUCGAUAA